AGGAAAUUAUUUUUAUAAAAUUGAGUAUAAGUUCAUAUUAUAAACAAUAUAAGCAUGCAUUUAGAUGCACGCUAUAGAUUUCCAUUUCGAACAAUAGAAGAACUGCGGCACGAACCUGCAUAGGCUGUUCAUUAUCUUCCAGAUAACUCCUACAAGCAACGGGAACAACAAACACCCCUUACAUUCCCAGCUAUCCAUGACUCACUAAAGCAAUUGAUGUAUUCUUCUCUUCUUGUCAUUGCUUAUCGCAACUUCCUCACCAAAAACUGUCGUAAAAUAGUUAAACUUUGCAGUCGUUAUGUCCAUACCCACCACUUGUUUGAUGAAUUCCCUCAUAGAAGCCUCUACUCCCUCAACUCCCAACUCGCCUCUUUCUCUCGCCUAGGCGACUUUCUUGCCACAUGGGCUUUGUUUUAUCGGAUGCAUUGUGCUUGCCUUGACCUCGAUGCUUACACUUUCACACCAGUUCUCUCUGCAUGCUCUGCUUUGCCCGGUGCAGAACGUGGCAAACAAGUACAUGCUCUUAUGAUAAAAGCUGGUACUGAUUUAGGACCUAUCGCUAAAACUGCUCUUAUUGAUAUGUACUCCAAGUACGGAUACUUGGGUGAUUCGGUUAAGGCCUUUGAAGAAGUUGAAUUCCGAGAUGUUGUAACCUGGAAUUCUUUGCUUUCGAGUUUUUUAAGACAUGGUCUUUCCAAUAAAGCACUUGGUAUAUUUGGAGCUAUGAGGAGGGAAGGAGUGGAAUUUAGCGAGUUUACAUUAUGUUCUGUGCUUAAGGCUUGUGCUGCAGUUAAGGCCUUUUCACAAGGUAAGCAGGUUCAUGGCUUGGUGGUUGUCAUGGGCCGUGAUUUGGUGGUUUUGGGUACUGCUCUUAUUGAUUUUUACUCUACUGUUGGAUAUGUUGAUGAAGCUUUGAAAGUCUUUUCUAGUUUGAGCUGGAGAACAGAUGAUGUUAUAUGCAAUUCUUUGAUUGCGGGGUGUGUUCAGAAUAAGAGAUUUGAAGAGGCAUUUUCUAUAAUGAGAACAGUGAGGCCAAAUGCAGUUGCACUUACUAGUGCUCUCGUAGCUUGCUCUGAGAAUUCAGUUCUGUGGAAUGGCGUGCAGAUUCACUGCGCAGCGAUACGCUUUGGGUUUACUUCAGAUACUCAAUUAUGCAAUAAAUUAAUAGAUAUGUAUGCAAAAUGUGGGAAAAUCUUGAAUGCUAGGUCAGUGUUUGACGGAAUUUUCCGUAAAGAUGUAGUUUCUUGGACUAGCAUGAUUGAUGCAUACGGAAGGCAUGGGAAUGGGUAUGAAGCUCUUGAAUUGUUCAAGAAGAUGGGACUGUUGGGAAAUAUGGUCUCGCCUAAUUCCAUUACAUUUCUUGCUGUUCUAUCAGCUUGUGGGCACGCAGGAUUGGUGGAAGAAGGCCGGGAGCUUUUUGAUCUGGUGAGGAAGAAAUAUGGUUUAGAACCGGGUGCUGAACAUUAUGCUUGCUUCAUAGAUAUCUUAGGCCGGGCAGGCAAAAUAGAAGAGGCAUGGUGCCUGUUCCAUGAUAUGGAAAGAUAUGGCACUAGGCCUACAACUGAAGUAUGGGCAGCAUUGCUGAAUGUUUGCAGUCUUAAUCUAGAUGUUUCCAGGGGCAUGUUUGCUGCAAAGCAACUCUUGGAACUGGAACCAAAUAAUCCUGGGAAUUAUAUAAUGCUGUCAAAUUUUUAUGCAUCAAUUGGAAGGUGGGAUUUUGUAGACAGCUUGAGAAGCCAUAUGAGGGAUAAUCGGCUGAUUAAAGAGGCAGGGAGCAGUUGGGUUACUGCUGCAUGUUGAUGCCAACUCCACCACAAUUAUAAAGAACUUUGAGAGCUAUUCUCUUCUUA